AUGUGGAUAUUAAAAUUAAUAAUUUUCGUACUAACUGCAAUUUAUAAGGGUCAUUCAGCAAAAAUACUUGGUGUGUUUCCGAUACCAUCAAUAAGCCAUCAAGUAGUGUUUCGGCCUGUUAUGAUUGAACUGGCUAGAAGAGGACAUGAAGUGACUGUUAUAACACCAGAUCCAGCAUUUGCUAAAGGUCAAACGCCACUAAAUUUCACAGAAAUAGAUGUCCAUGAUAUAUCUUAUAAACAAUGGCAUAAAUUUUUAGAGGAAUAUGGAAACGUAAGUGAUCAGAUCAAAUUUAUGACAUUAGUACCAGAUUUGAUAAGGGAAGUAUUCAAAGAACUAUUGAAGUCUUUUGAAGUUAAAAAACUAAUAAAUGAUAAAAAUAGAAAAUUUGAUUUACUUUUUGUAGAAUCUACGGCAAGGCCAGCAAUAAUAUUUUCUCAUUUAUAUAAAUUACCAGUUAUUUCAUUUAGUUCUGCGAGUGAUAUAUUUAAAAUGUAUGAAAAGGCGGGUGCAGCUUCUCAUGCUCUCCUUUAUCCAAAUAUAUUACAUAAGAGAUUAUUCAAUUUGACUCUAUGGGAGAAAAUAUCCGAGUUACGUGUUCAUUUCACAUUAGAAAAUAUAUUUUUAAGUCACGAGUCAAAAGAAAAUGAAAUGUUUAAGAAAUAUUUUGGACCUCAUAUACCAGGUUUAUCUGAGUUAGAAAAAAAUAUACAUAUGUUGUUUUUAAAUGUACAUCAUAUAUGGGACAGCAAUCGACCAGUUCCGCCAAAUGUGAUAUAUUUGGGAGGUUUACAUCAGAAACCGGAAAAAAACCUGCCACAGGAACUUAAAUCUUAUCUGGAUUCUUCAAAACAUGGUAUCAUUUACGUGAGCUUUGGUACAAAUGUUAGACCAUCGUUAUUUCCACCAGAAAAAUUAAAAGUGUUUACAAGCGUAUUUUCUCAAUUGAAAUAUGAUAUAUUAUUUAAAUGGGAAAAAGAUGAACUUCCGGGACGCAGUCCUAAUGUUAAGAUUUCUAAAUGGUUACCUCAAUCUGACUUAUUACGGCAUCCAAAUGUGAAAUUGUUUAUAACCCAAGGAGGUCUACAGUCAACAGAUGAAGCCAUAACUGCUGCUGUUCCACUUCUUGCUAUACCCAUGCUUGGAGAUCAAUGGUUUAAUGCUGAACAUUAUGUUAAGCUUAAAAUAGGAAAAAAGUUGUUAAUGGAAAGUUUAACAGAAGAAGCAUUGUCUAAUGCUAUAGAAGAUAUACUUAGUGAUAAUAGUUAUCGUGACAACAUUGUUAAGCUAAAAAAUAUAAUGCAUGAUCAACCUCAGUCGCCUUUAGAGCGCGCCGUGUGGUGGACAGAGAGUGAUUCAGCAAAAAUUCUUGGUGUGUUUCCGUUACCGUCAAUAAGUCAUCAAGUAGUGUUUCGACCUGUUAUGAUUGAACUGGCUAGAAGAGGACAUGAGGUGACUGUAAUAACACCAGAUCCAGCAUUUCCUAAAGGCCAAACACCACCAAAUUUCACAGAAAUAGAUGUCCACGAUAUAUCUUAUACACAAUGGAAUAAAUUUUUAGAGAAGCAUGGUAACGUUAGUGAUCAAAUAAAAUUAAUGACAUUAAUACCAGAUUUGAUGAUGAAAGUCUUUGAAGAACAAUUAAAGUCUUUUGAAGUAAAGAAACUAAUUAAUGAUAAAAAUAGAAAAUUUGACUUGCUCUUUGUGGAAUCAUUAGUUAGACCUGCCUUUAUAUUUUCUCAUUUAUAUAGGGUACCAGUAAUUGCAUUUAGCUCUUUUAGUGGUAUAUUUGGAAAUUAUGAAAUGAUAGGUGCAGCUUCUCAUGCUCUCAUUUAUCCCAAUCCAUUACAUAAGAGAUUAUUCAAUUUGACUCUAUGGGAGAAAAUAUCUGAGUUAUACAUUCAUUUUACAAUAGAUACAUUAUUAUUGGAACAUGUAUCUACAGAACAAGAAAUGUUAAACGGUUAUUUUGGACCAAAUAUACCAAACAUAUCUGAAUUAGAAAAAAAUAUACACAUGUUGUUUUUAAAUGUCCAUCCAAUAUGGGAUUUCAAUCGACCAGUUCCACCUAAUGUAGUAUAUUUAGGAGGUCUACAUCAGAAACAGAAAGAAGAUCUACCACAGGACCUGCAAUUUUACCUUGAUUCUUCAAAACAUGGUGUCAUUUACGUGAGCUUUGGUACAAAUGUCAGACCAUCGUUAUUUCCACCAGAAAAAUUAAAAGUGUUUACAAACGUAUUUUCUCAAUUGAAAUAUGAUAUAUUAUUUAAAUGGGAAAAAGACGAACUUCCGGGACGUAGUCCCAAUGUCAAGAUUUCUAAAUGGUUACCUCAAUCUGACUUAUUACAACAUCCAAAACUUAAAUUGUUUAUAACUCAAGCGGGCUUACAAUCGACAGAUGAAGCUUUAACUGCGGCUGUUCCGCUUCUUGCUAUACCCAUGCUUGGUGAUCAAUGGUUUAAUGCUGAACAGUAUGUUAAGUUUAAAAUAGGAAAAACACUGUUAAUGGAAACUUUAACAGAGGAAAUAUUGACUAAAGCUAUACAAGACGUAAUUAGUGACAAUAGCUAUCGUGAAAAUAUUAUUAAGCUUCGCAAUAUUAUGCUUGAUCAACCCCAGUCGCCGCUAGAGCGAGCCAUAUGGUGGACAGAGUAUGUUCUACGACACGGCGGCGCUUUGCAUCUAAAGACACCUGCUGCUCACAUGGACUUGACUGAAUACUAUGAAUUAAAAUUAGUAAUACUUUUAGUAGGAGUAUCAAUAACAAUAAAAAUAUUUGUAUUAUCAAUUUUAUACUACGCCAUGUCAAAAUUAAAUAUUCGUAAAUCAAAAGUUAAGGAAAAC